AUAUUAGGGAGUAUGACUGACUCGGACAUAGACUUUGAAGAUGAUUUCUUCUUUGAAGAGGAUAAAAUCCUUAAUAUGCUUUCUUUUGGUCGUAAAAUGCAUGUCUAAAUGUCACGGUGUGGUGGAAAAGUUUAACAAGCGAUUCAAUUAUUCCAACCACAUUUGCAAAUAUUAGCAUGCUUCAAAGUUUCAACACAUAUCAACUUUGGAUAAAGCUUUUAUCGCUCUGACCACCAUACCAUCGGCUAGCAUGGAAAUGCACCAACUGGCUAUGAUGGAAGAUCGCAUGCCAGAUAUAGAACUGGUCACGCAAGAUCAAUAUAUACAGCUGCAACUCGUCAAUCUGGGCAUGACAAUUACAUCUGGGAAUGUUGUAAUACAGAAGGAUACUAGUAAUCUAAUUGGUAUAAGCAUCGGCGGCGGUGCACCACUUUGUCCAUGUCUUUAUAUUGUACAAAUUUUCGACAAUACACCUGUUGCUGUAGAUGGUACUCUUCAAGCAGGAGACGAACUUGUGGCGGUGAAUGGAGCAUCAGUAAAGGGUAAAACUAAAGUGGAAGUUGCAAAAAUGAUACAAUCUUGCGACUCACAAGUCAGCAUUAAUUACAACAAGUUACAUGCUGAUCCAAAACAAGGUCGUACACUCGACAUCGCUUUAAAAAAGGUAAAGCAUAGAUUAGUUGAAGGAAUGGGUAGUACUACGGCUGACGCACUUGGACUAUCACGAGCUAUCCUUUGUAAUGAUGCCCUUGUCCAAAGAUUAAUGAUGUUAAAGCGUACAGAAAAUUUCUAUAGAGGUCUCGUUACACAUGCUAAAGCUACAUUACAUGCUUUUUUCGAUCUGAUACAAAUUUAUAAAGUAUUCGGGGAUGCUUUUGCUGCCAUAGGAGUUCGAGAACCGCAGCCACGUGCCAGUGAAGCUUUUAGACAAUUUGGAGAGCAUCAUAGGCAAAUGGAAAAGUUUGGAAUGAUAAUGUUAAAAACUCUGAAACCAAUAUUAAGUGACUUGGGAACAUAUCUUAACAAGGCCAUACCGGAUACACGGUUAACCAUUAGCAAGUACGCCGAUGCAAAAUUUGAAUAUUUAUCUUACUGUUUAAAGGUGAAAGAAUUAGAUGACGAAGAGCAAAGCUGCGUCGCUCUGCAAGAACCUCUUUAUCGCGUUGAAACAGGCAAUUACGAAUAUCGUCUGAUACUAAGAUGUCGGCAAGAAGCUCGUGCAAGAUUCGCAAAGCUUCGCUCAGAUGUGCUAGUAAAGCUUGAACUGUUGGACAAUAAACACGUUCAGGAUGUUGUAUGGCAGUUGCACAAGUUUGCAGCAGGUCUAGCCAAGUAUUAUGCCAAUACACGGGAUUUAUUGUCGACAGUAACAUUAUUCCCGGUUGAAGUCGAUUUGUCACAUUCCGCAUUUCAAUACAAAUCUACCGGGCCGCAAACUUUAACGGAUUUAAGUGAAGAUAUCGAAGAGUACGAAUCGGAAGAAAAACAACAGAACAUAAAUGAAGAACUUCUCAUUGAUACAUCAAAUUUCUCACUGAAUUUAACCGAUAAUACAUAGCAAUACUUCUUGAGUUUCUAAAGUAUUUCGAGAUAAGUAAGAUUUUUGUUACUAUGUACUUAUAUGUGAGAACUUUGUAAUUUAAUUUCUGCUUUCAAUGCAACUGUGAUUAUAGAAUUAAAAUAAGUCAUGGGCAUGUUAUACAUACAGAGCGUUUGAUAAUUAUUGAAAGCUCUUGUGCAGACGAAGUGGACUAAAUAAACUAAAUAAGUAGACCAAA